GGUGUGAACACUUUCCCAGACACACACACACAUGCGGACAUUCACAAGUCUUGUUUCUCACCAGAUAACGUUACGCUUUAGUCACCCAGCUAGCAGGGCAGAAGACGGUCGACCCUCAGCCAACUGUUAUCACCUUUUGGAGAAGAAAUAAAAAAGCACAGCCAUGGGGAAAGGAUGCAUUACAGUCACCAAGUACUUUCUAUUCCUCUUCAACCUCCUCUUCUUUAUCUUCGGAGCAGUGAUCAUGGGCUUUGGCCUGUGGGUCCUCUUUGAUAACCAGAGCUUCAUUGCUGUUCUACAGGAAUCAUCAGAUACGGUGAAAGUGGCUGCCUACAUCCUCAUCGGAGUGGGUUCCUUGUCAAUGGCCAUGGGCUUCUUUGGCUGCAUAGGAGCCGUCUACGAAAUUCGUUGUCUGCUGGGUCUGUACUUCACCUGCCUCCUGCUCAUCCUCAUCGCCCAGGUCACUGCUGGAGUUCUCAUCUACUUCCAAAGAGAUCGGUUGAAAUAUGAGAUGUCCAACAUCAUAAAAGGCAUGCUAAUCAACUACACUGGUCAGAACAGAACCACAGAGCACACCUGGGACUACGUUCAGAGGACGAUGCAGUGCUGUGGAUGGACAGGUCCAGGCAACUGGUCUGAGAACAUUUUGAUCAAGAACAGCUCUCAGAACCUCUACUCCUGUUCCUGUCGCAAUGACUCCCUGCCUGGCGCAGACAUCAAGGACGUAGGCCUGUGUGUGCACCUAUCCACAGAACUACCCAUCUAUAAAACGGGCUGUGCAACCAGCGUGGAGAAAUGGCUCCUGGACAACUGUGGAGUUAUUCUGGGAAUCUGUGUUGGUGUGGCAGUCAUUGAGCUCCUUGGGAUGAUCCUCUCCAUGUGUCUGUGCAAGAGUGUUGUCGUGGAGGAUUAUACCAAAGUACCGAAGUACUGAGCUGAAGACAGAGCCAGCUUCACACCACACACAGAUGGAUGGACUCUUUUCCUCUCUCUCUCUCUCUCUCUCUCUCUCUCUCUCUCUCUCUCUCUCUCUCUCUCUCUCUCUCUCUCUCUCUCUCUCUCUCUUUCUUUCUUUCUCUCCUCUCUCUCUUUCUCUCUCUUUCUUUCUCUCCUCUCUCUUUCUCUCUCUUUCUCUCUCCUUGUCUCACAUUCUUAUGAACACACACACACACACAAAUAAGACAGCUGUCUCAACCAUUUGAGCUUCUCCUUCCUUGACAGCUGUGCAAAUUUCUCACGCCCCACACAAACACACACACACACACACACACACACACACACACCUCAAUCAAGCUAUGACACUUGUUGGAAAUGCUUCCACAAGUAACCAUUGUUGUCUUUUUUUAAGGAGACUUUUUUGAUGUUUUGGUAAUAUCUUUUGGUGGAGGCCUGAGAAAUUUGCGGUGUGAUACUAUGCAAAUGUUCAUUUAUGUGUUGUUUUGUUUUCCUUGGCUGACCUCAAUGAAGCGCUUAACAUAGUAGUAGAGAGAGCACUUUAGUGACAUUUGCUGAGCUGAGAGCCGGAGCAUCCUCUGACUCUAGGGCAUGGAGAUGAGAGGGAGACUGAAGGGUGUGGGUGGGUGCGAGGUCGACGCACUCGAGGAUUAGUCCCACUUUGUGAUCGUGCAGCUGGUAUUUUUGGUGCAGAGGGUGGAGGAGAGGCCCGGGGCUGAGCCUGGGCAGGGCUGCUGUGGUGGAGGUUUUGGCUUCUGUCAUGAGCUCCUUGUACCCAGUAGUCCUGAUAUUAACCUCCGUUUACACCCACCACCUCCUCCUCCUCCUCCUCCCUCCCGCUAUCCAUUAUUUUUUAGAGUCUCUAAAUCACGUCUCUGUCCUCCUCUCAAGUGUGUCUGACUGGUAAAUAGUAGCUUUCCAAAAUGACUAGUUUUGCAUGAAGUAAGUAUGUGUAUGAUGUGUUGAGUGAGUAUUUUAUUUCUUAUUUUAUAUUCUCAUGUCAUCUCUGUUUUUUUACAACUGUAUAUAUAUAUAUAUAUGACUGGUAAGGGAUUAUGGCACUUCAGUGCUUGGUCAACGUUUAUGGGAAAGCUGUUAGCCACAUGCUGUUGUUGUAAGAGUGCUAUUGUUCUUCGUUUCCUUUCUUUUGUUUUUGAUGUACAGAAUAUGGCUGCCACAGCAGCUCGUCAGCACUAUUUUGGUCUGAAUCAGAGAAAUUGGAACCCUUAGAGUGAAUCUGUCAUCACUAAAGCUAUAUUUUAAUUUCUUUAUGACAGCAUGAGUUUGUGAACUGGUAACAUACCAUAGCGCCUGCCCCAAACAUCUUAAUUAAUCCUUAAUUUAUCCUCACACCUGCCUUCAUUUAGAAAAAUCUUGUUUUCAUCAUAAUAGCAGUAACUUGAAAAUGGCAGCUGUGUGACCACAAAGUAUUUUCCCUUCUCUGCAUGAUAGUUUGUUUUCCCAGAAGUCACUUUGCCUAGUUUUUCAUAUAAUCGGUAACAAGAGCAAGAGAAAAACAUUAACCCUUUGCUAAAGAAAUGUUUUGCAAAAAUGUUGCUUUGAGUUUCCUCAUCUCACUUCUCGUUAUUUCAGUGCUUCCACUUCAUUUCAAACACAAUAUAUUAUUGCUGAAUUUAUGGUUAAAUUAGUGGAUAGAUUGCACUUUUAGGUGGUUUAUGUCUCAUAUGAGUCAUUUCAAAUUAUGUCCAUCACUCUGCAAUGACAUGAGGGCAGAAAGUGUCCAUUUAACAAAACAGUUUUGUCUGUCAAAAUUGGUCAGCCUCUAUUUUAUGACCUGCCAAAUUCAAACAUUAAUUUAUCUUAAUUAGAUAUGAAGGCUCUUUAUUGUGUGUUUAAGAUAUUUUUACACUUUUACAAAAAAAAAUGAAUGACUUUGUUUAGAAGAAAAAAUAUAAGUACGCCAUGUAUAAAAACAAAUGUUUCUUUUUUAUUCUUGAGAAUUAUUAAUAAAGCUGAAUCCACUAGAAUCCAU